CACCAUCUCAGUCCUUGGCAGGAAGUUAACAACAGUGACUGCCAUGAAGACAUACAUUCUCCUUUCCCUUGCAUCGCUCGCAGCCCGCCACGUCGCCGCCGGCCCGCAUCCGCUUCUGCAAUGGGACCCGGCGACGGCCAAGGACUGCGCCGGAUGGUAUGACAAUGUCCAAGAAAUGCCAUGCGAAGAAGUCCGCAACCUCUUCAGCAUCACCCCCGAACAGUUACAUGAGUGGAACCCGUCAGUCGGACUCGACUGCACGCCAUGGAAUUAUCAGUCGUACUGCAUUUUCACCCUAAAAAGACUGGAAACCGAUCCGCCGCCGGCGGUAUCAGCCUCGACAACGGCGGUGGCCACCACAGCAACCGGCGGCGGCAGCAGCAGCACUCUAGCUCCCUCUCCCACCGCCUGGGCUGCGAGGGGUUGUUAUGUCGAGGACGCCAGGCUGCCGCUUCUCGACGAGAACGUCAGCGGGCCCGGCGGCGACGCCACGUUGACCAUUGGGAAGUGCAAGGACAGCUGCUACCAUCGGGCCUACCCCUUUGCGGGCGUGCAAGAGGGCAAUCAGUGCUGGUGCGGGACGUACGUGGGCGGCGAGUGGGCGCGGAACCAGUCCGACUGCAGCAUCCCCUGCUCGGGUGACAAAACGACGUUUUGUGGUGGCAAUGGCCUCCUCAACAUCUUCCAGGCGCUGGAGAACAGCGCGGUUUUUACAAUGCCAGUCACCGUCUCUGGCGCCCCUUCCGUCUCCGGCCCGUUCUCCGUCUCCGGAACAAGCAUGAGCACUAGCACAGCCAGCUCGGGGGCCACGAGGAACAUUGCUAUGUUUUGGCUGUAGGAUGGAAUAAAUGGGCUGCAUCCGCGGGAUGGAUUUUAUUUCAGUUUAGUGUACAACCACUCUUAUAUUUCC